AUGGACCUCCGCCGCUUCUCGCGCAUCUAUGUCAUUGGAGCCCCCGGCGCAGGCAAAGGAUCGCUGUGCGCCAAGCUCGCAGCCGACUUCGGGUUUCAUCAUCUACCAGUAGGCGACCUCUUGCGACAGCUAGCUCUUUCUGGCCGCAUGGACCCUGAGAUCCUCGACAAGAUCCAGAGAAGCAUCUUGCUGGAGGUGGAAGUCCUCGCACCCAUCCUGCGCGAGGCCAUCGCAGAUCUCAAACAAGCCACCCAAGACAAGCUGCGGCUGCUCAUUGACGGAGUGCCACGCGCCCUUGAGCAAGCAGCGCAAAUCGAAGAAGCGGCAAAUCGGCUCGCCCGACCUGGUCUUGUUUUUCGACAGUCCGACCUGUGCCCGAUCCGCAGAACGUUAUUGGAGACUUUUUGA